AUUGAUUUUCUGUCAAUUUAAUAACAUACACACCAGUUUUAAGUCCUUCUACUUUCCUGAUCCUUAAUCAGCUGAUGCUGACACAUCCUAAAUUAUUUGCACUUUAUUCCAAUCCCUCUCCCUUCCCAUUACCCCCCAGAAAAAAAUCUGCUCUAGGUUUACGUAUAGCGAAAGGAUUCACGCCCAGUCUGCAGCGUCGAAAAGGCAUUGAGGGCAAAAAUAGAAACUGGUGAUGAGCCUUCACACUAAAUAAUCGGCGAAACAGUUUUCCGAUACAUUUCGAUCGUUGGUUAACCAUUUGCGGCCUGGUUAUGAAAUUGUACAGUUAUCUUUUGAAGCGUGAAAUAUAUCAGAUUUUGUACGUGCAGGAUGUGUAAUUUUUCACGAUAUGAAGACUUCCUGGCCCUCAUCACCAAGGCCUUCGAUCCGAAGAUUUUGUUCCUUACGGUUAUUCCACUGGUGGCGGGGCUCAGCACUCGCUUGUAUUCCAGACUACUGUUGAGUGUACUGCUGACUGAGUACGCCAAUACAUUGAUAAAAUGGAUCCUCGCGGAAGACCGCCCGUUCUGGUGGGUUCGGGAAACCAAAGAGUUCACCACGCUCAACCGUCCAAAGUUGUACCAGAACGAGUUGACCUGCGAGCCGAGUCCGGGAAAUCCGUCCGGUCACUUGAUGACUUCCACAACCUACUUGUAUGUGAUAUUUUCCGUGCUCGAAGAAGCCGGAAUGCAAUAUGGGAAAAUGGUCGUUGUCGCACUUCGCGCCUGUUACUAUCUGUCGCUGCUCUUGAUUGCCGUUUCGAGGAUGUAUUUUGGGUGCCAUUUUCUACAUCAGUGCAUUAUAGGAAUCCUGCUGGGAGUAGCGAUGACCAAACUGACCAUGUCGCUAAGUUUUGAGAAAUAUCUGACAAAACUGACACGUAAGCGAAGACUGGGAUAUUGCAGCCUUAUUUGCCUGAUACUAUUUGUGGUCUAUUGGGGUCAGAAGCUGUUCGGAGUGGAUCCGCAAUGGUCGGUGAAGAUGGCGUUCAAAUGGUGCGAUGAUCCUUUUUAUUUGGAUCCGAGCACUACUCUAGUAUUCAGUAUUAUACGUCUCACCGGAUCGUUGGUUUCCUUUGCCGUUGUUGGACCUGUUCUGAAAUCGGCGCCGCUUGACUGGAAACGGAGUGUCCCGCUGACGCUGAUAAUGAUGACUAUCAAAUGGAUAGCUAUUAACUUCACGCCACGUUACUACGGGGUUAUAAUUUACUAUCUCUACACGUUUUUAGUGCAUCUGAUUUUCACCUACGGCUAUAUGCGCCUUGUGCCGGCCUUAACCAGCAUCCUAGUUGACUCCAGAGUACAACGCAACAGCAGGCCUAAAAUUAAUUAAAUUGCUACUCGCUGGCUGCAGUAGGCAGUUACUUAAACAUAGUUUAUUGUUACAAAAACAUCUUCGAUCAGGCUUAUUUGAGGCACAUAUCAAGCGCAUUCUUUCGCAUCGCUUACACUGUUACUGAAACAUAAGUAAAUUUCCUACAAUGAUUCUAAAUAAAACUAAAUAAAUAUUCUUUCUUAUGAAUGCUUUAUAAAUUA